AUGCCUCACUGGACGCUCAAAUCUACUGCCACCAAAAUGUUGCAAAAUCUAUCCUCGAGCGCUGUGCCUAGGGAACGUAAAGGCUCAGUCGACAUCCAUGUGCACACCCAGCGCUCGUGUUUCGUAGAGGCGACAAAUAAUCAUGCCACAUGUGAUCCCAUCGGACAUCGAUCAAGGUUUAUCGCACCUUACAGCUUGCCGCCCAAGUACGAAAAGGAGUUUUCUGGAGGUCGUCAGAAACCACGACCGAAACCACUAAGUAAUUCUCUUCGUUUGCCUGCUUUGCCUGUCGUCAAGUUUCGCAGCGGAGACGCAGGCCCGAACAUAUCUGACCCUAAAUUCGCAGAAAUUCGUAAUGUAGCAGAUGACGAAAACUCGACUCCGACUGGGCCAGAUGAAAAAGCCAAGGGAUUGGUCGAGAGGAAUAGACGCCGGUUCGGGAUGAUGUACUAUCCCGAGAGUGUGCGCGAUGAACUCCGUCGAGCGCGUACGAUGUCUGGGUCGCCUCGAGUUAAAAUGCAAUUAACGCCUAGCUCGAGCUCGAGUUUCUGUGGUGAAAUUAUCAUCUCAUCCGCUCGGGAAGACGGAGCGUUUUUCGAACCUCCCUCCUGGUUUUCAAUCGCUUCUGAAUCUGGCGAUCCGAGUCGUUUCAGUCUUUCCACCUCGGACGAGCCCCCGUCCGGCCGUAUUUUAUCUAUUGCAAGCACUCCUACUUCUGCCAAGUCUUGGGAAACCUUUCGCAUACCUUCCAUCCCGCCUUCCCCGGUCGAUAGCGCCCCAUCGCCUAUCUCUGCCGUGCCUCGUGAUCCCCGUUUACCGCCUGCCGAUUAUUUACUCUACAAGGAAAUGUACGACGAUGCGAUGAUUAAAAUGCAUGGAAAGUUGCCGGCCGAAUGGGUCGCAUACACCCAUCGUCAUCUUCCUGGCCCAAACCGCAUCUAA